AUGAGUGAAACUAAAACUCAUGCUUAAUAGUCAGUCCAUUGUGGAAACUGUAAAAAGGAAAUUGAAGAUUCUAAGCUAGCUCUUCAUGAAGCAUACUGCUACCGUAAUAUUAUAGCAUGUAAACUCUGUCCUGAGUAUUAUGACAAAAGAGAUCCCGAAGCACAUCUAGAAAUUCAUUAAUUACUAAAGUGCAAAUUUUGCGAUCAGGAAAUAGAACAAAGACACUUUAAGGAUCAUUAAGACAAAUAUUGUGAAAAGAAACCCAAAUUUUGCAGGUUUUGUGAAACUUAAAUUAUCAAAGAUGAUUUCUAAGACCAUGUAAUUGCUUGCUCUUCAAGGACUAAACUGUGUCACAAAUGUGGCAAACAUAUUAUUUUGAGGGACUAUGAUGACCAUGAAGCAAUAUGCAUCUUACAAAGAAACUUAAACUAAGAAGCUGAGCAGCAGGAUAUUUACAGGAUCUAAACCCAAGCAUAAAAUAAAAAAUAAGAUAAUUUCGAAGAUGAAUAUGAUUAUGACUAUGAUUACGAUGAACAAGAAUUUUACAAAGAAGAACCAUCUGAACCAAGCGAAUAAGAAGAAGAGGAGGAUAAAGAGAAAGGAAAAAACGAUAAAAAUAAGAAAAAGAAAAGAAAGGAUGACGAUUUUGUUGUUGAUGAUGAAGAAGCAGAAGAAGAGGAAGACGAAGAAGAAGCUGAUGAUUCUGUUGCCAGUAUAGAUGUUAAUGAAUAUGAAAAAACAGUAAACAAUCUUUAAAAAUCUAGAGAAACUCGGAACUCUAGCAAGCAAAAGCAAAAAACUGAAGGAAAAAGAGUUCUUUUGAGAAAAAGUGCAAAUGAUAAAGCUGAUGACUCUUUCUCUAAUUAAAAAAUGACAUAGUUAAAGCAAAAGCAACAAAAUAAAUUAGAUUCGAUGAUGGAAAACAAUAAAAUAAAAACAAGAGGAAUUAAAAAAUUAUUAGUUGAAUCUGACUUAGAGGAAGAUGGUAAUUUUAAAUAUGAAGAUUAUGAAUCUGAGGAUAACGAUUAAUUAAAAGCUUAAGAAGGAAAUUAAAAUAGUAAAACCCAAACCAACAACAAUAAAAGUAAAACUACACAGGCAAAUUAAUAUUCAAAGCAAGAUGAAGAUUUCAAUGAAUACGAAUUAUAAGAUCAAUAUAGUGAUGAAGAUUAUGACCUAGACGAAUCUUAUUCUAAUGAAAGAAAAAAAGGCAGAAACUAAAAUAAAAAUAAUUAAAGAGCAGCAGUCAAUAGCAACAAUAGAGGAUAGCAACAAAAAUAAGCUCAAUAAAAAUAAAACUAAAAAUAAGGAAGAAAUCUUAGAAAUAGAGGAAAUAAAAGGAAUCUUAAUGAAGACGGUGAUGAUGAUAGCGAUUAUGAAGUUACUUAAAAGCAAAACAAUUAAAUUAAUAGAAGAGGUGGAGUAAUUCAAAAUAUUUAAAAAGAAUCAAAUAAAAUGCCUGCAAAUAAAACUUAAAGCAAACCACAAAUAUAAGAAGACGACUUUUACGAUGAAGACGAAGAAAUGUAAAAAGCUAUACAAAUGAGCAUGCAGCAAUAUAAUUGA